AUAAAUCAUCAUGAAUUUAUAUUCUGACAUUAAUAAUUCACCAUAACAAUAAGGAGAAGAAUUAUAAGAACCAAACCCUCCUCAAUAAUAAAAUGAAAUAUCAGAUAUUUAAAAUUCAGAUGAAAAAUAUUGUGGUGGUUUACUUAAUAGAAGCGAUCACAUUCUAAUAAAAGUCUUAAAAUUAAUUCUUGCAGUACCUCUCUUACCCUUAGUCCUUGCUUGGAGAUUACUCUAUUGCACAGCUAACCUAAUAUAUGAUUGUUUUACAAAUCAACUUUAUAAUUGCUUGCUUUACCUUUAUGGAAAAAUUGUUGUAUGUUUAAUGCAUUUAUCUCAUGUAAUUUAAAUCCUUUUCAAUUAUUGUUACAGAUGUUUAGCUUAUAUUUGUAAUACAACACUAUAAAUAAUCUAUUUUUUUGGCAGAUAUUCCAAAUACAUCCUGGAUUGGUAUGCAAUAUUUAUCAUCAGCUUGAUCUUCAAAUUUGCUCAUUUAAGAUCAAUCAUAUAAGAAUUUACUUCAAUUAUCACAAUUCCUUUAUCGUUAAAAAUUAUUGUUCCUUUGGCUUUGUGUUUUUAUCAUAAAAUCUAUUGCCCUACUAAGAAUGCUAUUAUUUUUAUUCUUAAGAAAUCCUUUCAUAUUCUAAAAAUUACUAUUAUUCAUAUCUAUAACUUUACAAUUAAUUAUUUACUCAUACCAUUCUAUGAAUAUAUCAUCUUAAAUGUUUUUUAUCUAUUAAGAUUUCUAUUAAUAAAAGUACUUUAUGAAACAAUUAUUAUAAAUCUUUUUAAAGGAAUUAGAUGGUCUAUAGUCAACUUUUAUACUUUCAUUUUACUUAAUUUAUAUGAGUAUUUGAUUGUUAAAUUUUUAUAUGAAAUUAUAUUAACUUACUCAUACAAAGCAAUGAAUUUGGUGCUUUACAAAUUUUUAUACAAAUUGGUGAUUGUUCCAAUAUUUAAAGCUGUAAAAUGGUUAUUGAUAGAUUUCUUAUAUGAAAUCAUUAUAAUUAAAACUUGCCAAUUUUUAAGAUUCAUUAUUGUUGAUGUCAUUUAUAUGAUAUUAUCUAAACUUGCUGAUUUGAUUUACAAUCAUAUAUGUGUAAAUAUUUAUAGAUGUUCGACUUGGAUAAUAAAAGAAAUAGUAUAUAACUUAUUAAUAAGAAAUAUUUAUGUUUAUUUUCUUAAACCUCUCUAUAAUAUACUUGUAAUUACUAUAAAAUGUAUUACAAAAAAUAUUAAGAGAUUUAUAUUAGUCCCAUUAUGGAAUUUAAGCAAAUCAAUUUAUAAGGUAAUUGUAAUUUAAUAUUUAGUGUUUUAUAACAAUAAUAAGUUCUAUUAGUAAAUUUAUUUAUUAUUAGCUUUUGACACCAGUGUGGAAAUUAAUUGUGGUUUUAACAAAAGGGUUAUUAAAUCUGAUAAAGAAUAUGUUUACAGCAACAAGACAAUUAUCUAUAGAUAUGUGGAUAGCAACAAAAAAUUUAGUCCGAAGACUUAGAAAUAUAUUUUGAAUAAGA